UUCUUCUUCUUCUUCUAAUAUUUCUGUCGCUCCAUUUCAAAUGCCGUCCAGUUUAAAGUCUCGUCUCUGUGUCACAGGGAGGAUCGCCCACUCCACCCUCGUUCGUCCAGAUGUCAGGGUCUCACAUGCUGCCCAGCUACUACGGCAUGAGGCGUCCCUUCAUCUCGGACUCAGACUUCUGCCCGUCCACCAAGCAGUUCUCCCCUGACGUCUACUCGCCCUCGAUGGGCGGUAAACCUCUGGGCUGCGAGCCGUCCUCCAUGACCAGCUACUCCUCCUUCAUCGACAGCUACUACCCAGAGACCUUCGGCGAUUACCGCAGCGCCGCCUUCUCCAGCUCCGGAGGAUCCUUCCUGCCGUCGUCGGCCCUCUCGUCCCUGCUGCCGCCCUACGGGGGAGAGUCCUCGCAUCUAUUUCUG